AUGGGAGAUUCCAAAGUGAAGGUUCCAAUGAAUUUUGGCAUGAAGUUAACACCAUCUCUGGAUAAAUCGGCUGUUGAUGUGACACUCUAUCGUCAAAUGAUAGGGUCUCUAAUGUAUCUAACAUCUAAUAGACCAGACAUAAUGUUUUCUGUUUGUUAUUGUGCAAGGUUUCAAGCGAAUCCUAGAGAACCUCAUAUGGUUGCAGUGAAAAAUAUCUUCCGCUAUCUAAAUCCAACCUCGUCUCUCGGUCUCUGGUAUCUUGCUAAAUCCGUAUUCUUUGUUCAAGUCUUCCCUGACGCUGACCUUGGUGGAUGUGGUCUGGACCGGAAGAGCACAACUGGCGGGUGCCAAUUUCUUGACGGUAAACUCGUCAGUUGGAAAUUAAAGAAACAAACUUACGUGUCACUUUCCACAGCCGAAGCUGAGUACAACGCUGCAGCAUCCUGUACAUCACAAGUCAUAUGGAUACAAAGCCAACUUCGGGACUAUGGCUUAAGCAUGAAGAAGAUUCCCCUCUACUGUGACUCUAAAAGUGUGAUACGAAUAUGUCACAAUCCUGUGCAACACUCCAAGACCAAACACAUUGCACUAAGAUACCACUUCAUCAAGGACCAUGUUGAAGAUGGCAAUGUUGAAGUUCACUUUGUUCGGUCCUCAGAUCAACUGGAUGACAUCUUUACUAAGGCCUUACCAGAAGAAAGCUUUAAUAAAAUACUACAAGGCCUGGGAAUGAUGGAAUCUGAGUUGGUACUAAAACCACUUUCAAUUCACUAA